UAAGAUGGAAGCCGUUUCGCGUGUAAUCAAAGUGCAGCUCCCAAACUAUCUUCGAUCUCUGCCGGUUCCUUCUACUUUCGGCGGAUUUUUAAAGCUCUCGGUAAAGGAAUGGCGGCAGCUUGCACCGCUUUUACUCACUCUAUCGUUGUUCAUUUAUCUCGUAAUUAAGCAGUUUACUCGGCGGUCAGCAUCGAAGCCCACUGGGAAGAAGACCCCAGAUCAAGACUGGGUCAACAAAACACAGCAAAAGGACAAGGAGAAAGUUGCUGAUACAAUUCAGAUUGAAGAUUUAGCAGAGAAGGCAGCUUAUCAUGCUUUCUGUCGUUGUUGGAAAUCGAAAAAGUUCCCAAGGUGUGAUGGCUCACAUACCAAGCACAACAAAGAAACAGGAGACAAUGUGGGACCACUUGUGCUGAAGAGAAAGAAGCCUCAACCUGCUGCAGCAACCACACCUUCAUCUUAACAGGCUUCUUGAAAUUUUGCACCUACAGUGUACACCCCUGCACAUCUAUAAACAAACACAAAUUUAUACUGAGUGUAUUUUUGGCACAUGUAGAUGUUGCACUAAGAACAUGAUGCACUUUUUGUAGGGGUUGAACCUUUCAGAAACUGUUAAGGUCUAGUGUUUUCAAUAAAUACUACAUCCAGGUGUUAUGGUUGAAGAAACGAAAAUAAUUAUUUUGGCAAAGGAAAGGUGUGAAAUAGAUUGUAGGUCAACUUCAACUCCUCACUUUGUGAAAAAGGUGCAUAAUAAACACCUUCUUAUAACAUUCA